UUCUACAGCGCAGACUUCAGCGCAGCCUGCUGUUUGCGGCGCAUAUGUAGCCAGUGCUGCAGACACUGAGCUUAACACUCAAGUUAUGCAGACUUAAGUCUUAGGCCUUCUCCACCAUUUAAGCAAAGGCUCUGCAAAAGACUAAUUCAAGACAAUAUUCAAGGUUCUAUUUAAACCGGUCGGCGACUGCUCGGGAAGGAGGAACUCGAAUAUAUGCGGUUCGAAGCGCUUGCCUUCUCUUCCGUCUUUCCUGAUCGGUUGCCCUGGACUGUUCUGUGGACAAAUGGUUUGAAAACAGGUAGACAUUGUCGAUAAUCGUCGGAAACUUGAUGGAUCCCGCUUGCGUGGUUUACGGUUGUUACAGAAUGACAUCAACACGUAUAUAUUUCCUGAUACAAUUCCAAGGAUUUUUCUAGUUGGAGAAAGUGGGCGUUUUUCUAACCAGGCAAUCCGAGCCAGUGUUGCAACUCCCAGUUUCUACUGAAGCAGCAUACAGUAAGUUCCUAAAGGUGUUUUCAAUUAUUUGUUUUUCAGACAAUUAGUUGCGAUCUUCUCUAGAUUAUCGUUUUAAAAUUUGCCUAGCCUUGCCAAUCGCUGUUUUUGAACCUCGUAAAUAAGGGCACAAUUCCGUUAGUCGUCAAUUCAAUGAAGAUGCGCAUGGAUUAAGGACAUUAGUCCCAGUAUUUUUGAGCUAUCGAUAGAGCGACAUGGCAAACGAAAAUCUCGAUCAUAAUCGUAACAUAGUAGAAAAGUAUCUCAACCACAAACUGUCGAAAAAUGGGUACAUGUGGGAAUUCCAUUCGCGUGAGACGGACCCUGACCCUGCCUCUAAUGGCUUUGACGCUCCGGAGCGGCGAUGUCAAGCAAGCACAGACGAGGAAGAGACCGUUCACCGAGCCCCACGCGCGCCCCUUCCCGACCCGUAUGCUGCUCUCCACAGGGUUUUGCGCGAGGCCGGCGACGAGCUGGAAAGAUUAUAUCAGCCGGACUUUGCCGAGAUGUCAAAGCAGUUACACCUAACAUCUAUCACGGCGCAGAGAAGGUUCACAGCUGUCAUAGACGAACUGUUUAGGGACGGGGUCAAUUGGGGUCGGAUUAUUGCGUUUUUCGAGUUCGGAGCGUCGGUGUGUGUAGAAUGUGUGAAUAAAGAGAUGAGUGCGCAGGUGGAUAACAUUGCGGGCUGGAUGACGGAGUAUUUGAAUGGACCACUGCACAGCUGGAUCCAGGAGAACGGUGGAUGGGAUGCCUUCAUGGAGCUGUAUGGCAGGCAAAAGGACUCCGUUUUCAGUAGUUCUUGGCCUUCCAUAGUGACAGUCUUCAGCUUGGCAGCACUGGGAGCAGUCGGCUUCACCAUAGGAGCCUACUUAGCUCAGAAAUGAAGAGCCCCCUGCACCCAACCCCCUCCCUUUUUCUACAGCCAUCCCCAUCUCUUAAUGUUAAUUAACGUCAGCAGGAUUUGGAUUUGUAUAGUAUAGUACAGUAUAGUAGUUCUUAUAUAAUAUAGUUCCAUAUGAGGGGCACAAUGUUGUUUUUGCAGAUUCACCAGAUUCACUAGAAAGACUGAAAGACAGAGUCACUAGUCUUUCAACAUUUCACACAUUAACUUGUCCUAUGUCAAGUAUCAACAGAAUGGUUAUUACUAGCAAUUAGCAGUGUGCUCUGAAUUUUUGGCCCCGAGACAUUUAAUCAGUUCACUCCUAUAACAGAUAAACACAGAACACACGUACACAAUAAGUUAUAGUAGCAAAUAGCAUUUGUAAUAGCAGUUGGCAUGCUUAAAGUCUUGUUGUGUGCUCAGUCCUCUUCAAUAAUGUACAUCCUGGGUCAAACCAUAGUAAAGUUAUAAAUAAACUGCAGAACCUCUCCUGUACAAUCAACAUUCAUGGACUGCUACACAAGGAUGGAGAAUAAAGCACCUCAGAACGUGGACGGCCAAGCGUGAUUAAGACAGAAAACCAUCGUGAACUCAGGAGGUGGGCGCAGAUGCAAGGCUCUGUCUGAGAUCCCCAUCACCCACCCAGUCUCCAUGCUAAAUGCCUGUGUCUGAUGAAACAGGAUGACUCAUCGCAAACCUUGAAUGGCAGGAGCUGAAGCAGCAGGCUAAACCGCCGCUCAAGCGCAUCAGUCAAGAAAAAGGACACAUUGUUUAUCCGAUUUAAAGAACUGAAGAAACAUGGUGCCAUAUUGAGUUGAGUCAAUUCAAGUACUGUUUGAUCAUUGCAUUGAUAAAUGGUCAGAGUUAUACCUUCAGAUGAAUUUGGCUUGAAAAAGGUAUAGGGUUUUAGGUGCUUUUGAAACACCUGUGUUUAGUGAACUUUGGACACCCUUAGAGUCGUCUAUGUGACGGAUCAAACAUCCUCCCUUCAGACUACAACUUGUAAGCAUGAGGAAAGGUUAUUAUUUCCAAUCCACAUCACUCUUGUGUAUGUCAGAUAUAAAAUGAUUGCCUGUG